AUGUCUACUAUCAAAGUUGCUAUCAUUCAACUACACCCCAAACCUCACCAAACAAAGUCAAAUCAGGCUCGCGGAAUUGCCUUUAUUCGAGAAGCAGCUCGUGCAGGUGCAAAUCUUGCAGUGCUCCCCGAGUACCAUCUAGGCGACUUCUUCCCUGACGACCCCAAAUUCCGCGACCAGUGCGCCAAUUGGAAGCAAUAUUUGGAUAUAUAUUGUGAUCUUGCAAGAGAAUGUAACAUCUGCAUUGUGCCCGGCUCCGCUGCAGAGCUGUAUCGCGACGAAAAGACUGGAGCAGAGACCAUGUUCAAUGUGGUCUACUUCAUCGACAACACCGGUGCCGUAAAUGGCCGAUACGAAAAGAAGAACCUGUGGCACCCAGAGCGAACUCAUGUCAAGGGCUCACAGCAUGACCCUCACGUUGCCUUUGACACACCACUAGGAAAGGUCGGGAUGUUGAUUUGCUGGGACGUGGCGUUCCCGGAAGCUUUCCGCGAACUGAUAAGUCAAGGGGCGAAACUCAUUAUUGUGCCAUCCUUCUGGAAGCUCACCGACUGCGCGCCGCAGGGAAUUGUGCACAACCCGUAUGCAGAGAAGGUCUUUCUCGACGCGGCGCUUAUCAGUAGGGCAUGCGAGAAUACCUGUGCCGUCAUCUUUUGCAAUGCGGGUGGUCCAGCGGAACAGGACUUUGCGGGGUUAUCGCAGGUCACGGUCCCUUUCUUGGGUUGUAUCGGGAGGACCCACACUUGUGAAGAGGGAAUGAAGAUCAUCGAUUUGGAUAUGGCAAUCUUAGAUGAUGCCGAAUCUGUUUAUAAGGUCCGUCAGGAUAUGGCUCGACCUGAUUGGCACUAUUCGUAUAGAAAUACUGCCCAUACUAGCUCUUAA